GACCACCCCGUCCACCCUGGGCGUCUUAAUCAGCUCUGCAAACUCCAUGACGACACCUGACAAGAUUAGAUGACCGAAGGACCGAGGGACGCCUGGAAGAUGCGCUGCGUCCGCGGGGCUUGCGGCUGCUUCUGCGGCGGCGGCGCGCCAUCCGAGCCCGGGGUGAGCAGCGGCGAGGCGCAGGCACAGCGCUCGUAGAUGGCUGCGGGGUCCGGGGUCCAAUACAGGUGUCCGGGAAGUGUCGUCACGAGUGGUCGCCGGGGGAGGGGGCAACGUCCGAGGGGAAGAUGGCAGCGAAGUCCGACGGCCGAGGGGUCGUCACCGGCUUCGCCCAGCUGCGCAACCUGGACGAGGUGGUGGGCACCGGGGAGGAGGGCCCCGAUAACGGCAGCUCCUUCCACAUCUGCCACUGCUGCAACACCUCGUCGUGCUACUGGGGCUGCCGGAGCGCCUGCCUGCACUACCUCCGGUCCAGGCGGAGGGAGGCGGCGCGGCCACCGAAGGAGGAGCAGCGCCUCUGGCUGGACUGCCUGUGGAUCGUCCUGGCCCUGCUGGUCUUUUUCUGGGACGUGGGGAGCGACGUGUGGCUCGCCGCGCACUACUACCGCAGCCAGGACUUCCUGUGGUCGGGCAUGACCCUCUUCUUUGUGUUGGUGCCCUCGGUCCUGGUGCAGAUCCUCAGCUUCAGGUGGUUCGUGCAGGAUUACACGGAGGGCGGACUGGGCUCCGUCCAGGGGUUGAGUAGUCGCAGAGCCGCGGCCAGUCUGCACAGGGACCGCUGCUGUCGCCUCUCGGUGUGGGUCUGGCAGAGCCUGCUGCAUGUCUUUCAGAUGGGACAGGUGUGGAGGUACAUCCGCACCAUGUACCUGGGCAUCCAAAGCCACCGGCAGAAGGAGAACCAGCGGCGCUUUUACUGGGCCAUGAUGUACGAGUACGCCGACGUCAACAUGCUGCGGCUGCUGGAGACCUUCCUGGAGAGCGCUCCUCAGCUGGUGCUGCAGCUCUGCAUCAUGAUCCAGAGCAACCAGGUCGAGUGGCUGCAGUGUUCUUCUGCCAUGUCCUCCCUCCUGUCCCUGUCCUGGGUGCUAGCGUCCUACCACAAGCUCCUGCGCGACUCCCGCGACGACAAGAAGAGCAUGAGCUACCGAGGCGCUCUGGUGCAUCUCUUCUGGCGUCUCUUCACCAUCUCCUCCCGGGUGCUCUCCUUCGCCCUGUUUGCCUCCGUUUUCCACAUCUACUUUGGCAUUUUCGUGGUGCUCCACUGGUGCGCCAUGGCUUUCUGGGUCAUCCAUGGCGGCACCGACUUCUGCAUGUCCAAGUGGGAGGAGGUGCUUUUCAACAUGGUGGUGGGCGUGGUGUACGUCUUCUGCUGGUUCAACGUGCGCGAGGGGCGGACGCGCUACCGCAUGGUGACGUACUACACCGUGGUGCUGUUAGAGAACGCCCUCCUCAGCUCGCUGUGGUAUGCGUACCGCGACCCGGCCACCACUGACGCCUAUGCCUCUUAUGCCCUCUGUGGCGUCUUCCUGUGCUUUGCCUCGGGUGUGGCCUGCAUGGUCCUCUACUACGGGGUCCUACACCCUAUGGGCCCCCGCCUGAGGGUCUUGGCCAGCUCCUGUUGCGCAGAACUGCUUUGGGGUCUCCCGUUACCCCCCGAGGCCGAGCCCAUGGCCCCCACGCCCGGCCCGCGGGGCUCCCAGGCCACCCCGACGCGGGGUCUGGCGGGGGAGCACGCGGAGCCCGACGAAACCGCCACAGACACCUGCCUUCCUGUUUUUCAGGUGAGGUCCACAGAGCCCAUGGAUGCAUCCGGCAGGCCCAUCCAACCUGAAGGCCCCCUCAUUAAGAUAGACAUGCCCAGAAAGCGCUACCCGGCCUGGGACGCGCACUUUGUGGAUCGACGCCUGCGCAGGACCAUCAACGUGCUGCAGUACGUCAGCCCCAACGCCGUGGGCAUCAGGUACAGGGACGGCCCGCUUCUCUAUGAACUCCUGCAGUACGAAUCGUCGUUCUGAAGGCUUCCUCGGCUCUCUUACGGUCCAAACACACAUUCAUCAUUUAUUUUUGGAGAAAAAAAAACACGCAAAGAGGAAAAUAUGAUGAACCCAUAUAUAAAGCAUUGGAGGAGGGCUGCGUGUGUAGAUAACAUGAAUGUUUCAUUAUGAAAUGCAUUAUUCUGUAUUGUGAAUACCUGUGAAGGACAUACUAUAUGUCCCAAUGGCACCUAAAGGGAAUGUUGGAGGAGAGUCUCAGAAGGAUGCAGCCCCCCCCCCUCCUCCCCACCCACACACCCUAAACUUUUACUGCCAUUUUUAAUGUAAAUAAUGUAUGAUUUACCGAGCCCCUUAAGGCCACAAUUUCUACCAGGAUAUUACAAAUGGAGAGGAAGAUUUCCCUCCUGUGAGCUCUCCUGGCUGUUCUAUUUUGGUUGCAAAAUCCUAAAUCGUAAUCACAUCAUGUAUGGUGAGAGAGCGAGAAAAGAAGCACACUGACCUUCAAUCAGUUCCGCCCAAUCGUUUAAACAGGAUUUUAGUGCACACUGCCCUCUAGUGGAGGCAUGGGGUUACGGCAUCCUUUACCCGAAAAUGACCCUAAUAACACAAUGAAAGGAGGGUGGAAUGUAAUAGAAAGAGCACAAAAUCCUUUCAAUUGGAGGGUAGGGUACGGUGGCCGACAGGGGAAAAACGCCAAACACGGAAAUGAUCCAAAAAGACACAAAUACCGCAAAUUAAAAAUGCACAAAUGCCAAAACCGGAUGCCGGCUUGUGUAGCUCUGUGAGUACCUCGGUGGGUCACACUCCUUGACACCUUCAAAGAAAACUGCACUUUUUUCAUCCACAAUCCUUACGUGAGACAUGGACACUCUUCUCUUUUUUAUGCAUUCUAAAGAUAAAAAGAGGCAGCUAAUUGGUCAUUUUGAGCAUUAGCAGAACAUUGAUUUCACAUAGCAACACCUAGCAUUAACUUUUUCAAACUCAAAAACAAGAUAUUCGCUAGCCGGCUAGUCUCUGCUAAGUGUGGUGUGGAGAGGUGUCACUACGCUAGUAACGUAAUUCUUGGGCAUAAUAAUGCUAAUACCAACAAUAAUAAUAACAAUGUUGCUGUAGUGUGGUUAAUAUACAGCUCACAUUAUGAAAAUGGAACCUUGUUGGCGCAAUUUGGAUGUUUUUUCAGAAGGCUUUAUCGGCCGGUGCGUCUCAUCACGUGCAUUCUUUGCUGACUUGUUUUAGCUGUUUGUAUAUCUGUAGAAUACACGGAAAACAAAUAGACAUGUGUUCAUUGUCUCACAUAAGGAUUGUGGAUGAUGGGAAAAAUUCCCCAAAAGUGCAGUUUUCCUUUAAGAGUCAGUCAGAGCUUUUGGCUCGAUGGCUAGCGCUCUUCUGGAGACCCCGGGCAGAAAGCUUUAGGGAACAAAAUGGCCAUCGGUGGCGCCAGACACAAACGAUGCUAACAUUAGCUACAUAAAGCGGUUGCUAUUUAAAUUGAGGGACGUCAAUCCCGUCGGCCAUCAUAGUAAAAACAUUCCAAAGCCAUUUUUUCCGAACACCAAACAAAUCCUCCACCAUUCCCUUCUCAGCCCUAAAGAGUACUUGUGUUUUGAUAAGAACAAUGAAUUGCUUUCAGUAUUUAUUGUUAUUAUUAUAUUGCUAUUAUUAGGGUGUAAAAAAAGAAUACAACACAAUGAUUCUAUUAGUUACAUAGCAAUCUCCAAAAGGUAAGGGUGUCAUUAGGGUGCAACUCGUCAUUGAAUCCACUCCCGUCAAGUAAUAUACGAGCAGAAAUGUACCGAGGCAGUGGCCGCACGUGCCUGAUAACAUCGUACUGUAAAAAGGCAGAUGCCAUCGAAAAGUUUGGGCUAAAGGCGAGAGGGCUUUUUUUUUUUUUUGCCAGGGAUGGAAAAGAACACAAGGGCGAGACGGCGCUAAAGGGUUAGCUUGAUAAGUUGGUGCUAAUUGCUGUGGAUGGUACAUUAAGGCACCGAUGGACGCCAAGAUUCUUGCAGCCAAAGCUAACAGUUCAGUAGUGGUGUGUCGUUCAUGAACGAAUGGGCCAAAAGAAACCUAAAAUACCCGUCCAGUCUGUUGAGUUGGAAAUGCUUUUUUUGGCUGGAGAGUCGGUUCAUCGUUCCUUUUUGCAGAGCGGGACUAUCUGCGUAGACCAGGGUUCAAUUCCACCCUCGGGCAUCUCUGUGUGGAGUUUGCAUGUUCUCCCCGUGCAUGCGUGGGUUUUCUCCGGGUACUCCGGUUUCCUUCCACAUUCCAAAAACAUGCUAGGUUAAUUGGCCACUCCAAAUUGUCCAUAGGUGUGAAUGUGAGUGUGAAUGGUUGUUUGUCUAUAUGUGCCCUGUGAUUGGCUGGCGACCAGUCCAGGGUGUACCCCGCCUCUCGCCCAAAGACAGCUGGGAUAGGCUCCAGCACCCCCGCGACCCUCGUGAGGAAAAGCGGAAGAAAAUGAAUGAAUGAAUGAAUGAAUGACUAUCUGCGUGCUUGCCUGUCUUAUCCUAUCGUCGCGCCUCGCUCUGUGAGUGGGUGGGGUUAGCUGACUGAAAGACCGAGACCGGGAGAUUGACCGACGCUCGUUGGCCGUUCAUUCAUAACCGACAGUCGGCCAUGAAUUGAACUAGUUCUUUUGAGCCGUUCGUUCACGACCGACACACCACUAGGGGAGAUUGACCAAAAUUAACUAAAUGAACGGUUCAUUUUACUGAAUGAUCUGGUUCACUGAAAUGAACGGUUUUGCCCACUAUUACAGUCCAGCCUCAUUGGUAACCCGUGACUUGUUUUUGUGGGCCCGCCACAGAUAAAACAAAAGAAAUAAAGAUCAGAUUUAGGACAAGAGUGUUAUUUUCUCUACUCUCACUCUUACUCUCUCACCAUAGGAGCUAAAACUCUAUAGAAUCCGCCUUUAAACAUUACCCAGGUCAGCUUAGCAGGUGUGGAAAAUGUGUUUUUCUUUGUUUAUCUCAAGCUGUUGCGUCUCCUCUCACACAAAAAUCCAGACCUAGCAUAUUUUGACAUAGCGCAGAUUGGUUUUAGAGUGUUUUCUAAGCACAAGUUGUUGAUGAAAAGCAUGGAGAGUUACACCCCGGCGGAAUUAUCUCACCCAAAUAGAGCCCAUACCUUUUUCGGAAAUGGUUUCAUUCAUUACCUGGAGGAGUCUCUGUCUUUCCUCGCCGUUCUUGUGGCUCGUUCCACUCCAUCCCUGGUUGCUGCUCCACCCUCUCGCCGAUCUCCAAUUACUCCCCCCUGAAACACUUCCACAUUCUCUGGUUGGUUGAGGGCUGAGCCGGGCGGAGAUCCUGACAUGAGAACAUGCAAUGAGCUCCACUGAUGAAUGAUAAUUGAUGAGUCAGCGAUGGGUGGAUCACACAUUUGGCUUGUUCGCAGUGGGGUAGCACCUAGCAUCCUUUCAGGUGUAGUCGACGAAUGAACAGCCAUGUUAGGUAGUUAGUUGUUAGUCGGUGACUGCUUUCGUAGCGAAUACAGAGCAUUCAAGUAGAAAACAAUACAAAAGGGUUCCUCAGGAGCAACACACCAAGACCACUAAAUCAGCUGACUCAGGGGCGUCUCAAUGCAGUUCUCAUCCCCAGGAAUGUCACUCCUCAACAAAACCACAUCCUGGACAACACCUCAUCUGCUGGGACCCCUCGGUUAUUGGCUUCGUUUUGAGAAAUUAUUUUUAUUAUUUCAAAUUGGUGGCUGCCUGGCCUACGACUCUCCAGACAUGGACACAUGUACAAAUCAGGUGCAAUUUACACUGUGAUUCAUUUCUUGUUUUUCCCAGUGGGGCAUCAGAACCAAGAUUAUCUUGUCAAUAUUGAAUCUUGCGGUGCUUAAUGUUGUCAGUAUUGGAGAUUAGCAAGCGGUUAUGAUCUCAAAAACAAAUAUAUUUUACAUAUUUUUACAGUACAGCCUGGUAACAAGGGUUCUAGCAGUCAGAAACCAAUGACAUUUUGUUUUGUUUUUUUGUUUUCUUUAAAGAACAAAUUGAUUUCAAGAGCUAAGACUGCAAAUGGAAGCCUUUUCUAAUGCAUACAGAGUCGUUUUCAGACCAAUAACAACAUGUCCGUACGUCACAGCAAGACCGUGUGAACAUGAAGCGUGUGUUCUUCUCAGUACUUGUUGUGCCUUCUAACUUUUAGGGGUGCUUCAGUCCAGGCAGGCUUGGCAGCCGAACCUUGAGGCCAACAUCUUUACUUUAUGUGAGUUGUACUGUUUUUGCCAGACCACUAAACCUAGGUGUCGAUAUUGUUCCAAAACCGGAUGACGCCACACUCAAAAUUAGCUUAUUCGGUUUCGGGCAACAGCUUAACAUGUUCUCUGCUUAAAUUAAGGCUCGUUAUUUUACGUAUAUACAGUGGAAUCCCUAAGGUUUUCUCCGGGUACUCCGGUUUCCUCCCACAUUCCAAAAACAUGCUAGAUUAAUUGGCGACUCCAAAUUGUCCAUAGGUAUGAAUGUGAGUGUGAAUGGUUGUUUGUCUAUAUGUGCCCUGUGAUUGGCUGGCCACCAGUCCAGGGUGUACCCCGCCUCUCGGUCAAAGACAGCUGGGAUAGACUCCAGCACCCCUGCAACCCUUGUGAGGAUAAGUGGUAGAAAAUGAACAAAUUAAUGAAUAAUAUUAAUGGGGGGCUGCACAGUGUACGAGUGGUUAGCACGCAGGCAUCACAGUUAGGAGACCUGAGUUCAAUUCCACCCUCGGCCAUCUCUGUGUGGAGUUUGCAUGUUCUCCCCGUGCAUGCGUGGGUUUUCUCUGGGUACUCCGGUUUCCUCCCACAUUCCAAAAACAUGCUAUGUUAAUUGCCGAUUUCAAAUUGUCCAUAGGUAUGAAUGUGAGUGUGAAUGGUUGUUUGUCUAUAUGUGUCCUGUGAUUGGCUGGCCACCAGUGUACCCCGCCUCUUGUCCGAAGACAGCUGGGAUAGGCUCCAGCACCGGAGCGGUCUGAACCUCAUCGUAAUUGAUACAUAUACAGAAGACGAUGCCUUGAAGCUAUACGUACAGUAGGUCACUUCCUGAAUUAGUCUCGGCGCCACCCAUUGGUAACAGGAAAUGUAAUCCGCAUGCCCUCCCACUUCUUGUAGCUUUAGUGUUUGUUUUGAUUGUUCUUAGUUUCUGCUUCCUGACAAAACCCCGGACAGGCAUUGAACCCACGCCCUCCCCCAUGCAAGUGUGCACCAUCACACCACCAGGGAUGUUAUAUAUGUAGCCAUAUUGUACUGAGCAGCCAGGUAUGGUUUCGUCUGUAGUGGCGGAUGCUGGUAUUUUUGUGCGACUACCGCUCCAUCAUUCCAAACGCCGUGUUGGACUUUUGGGGUUCCACUGUGUAUUUAAAUCCUCCCCGUUUGCUUUCUAGAAAAGACGAAAAACAAGACACCAGCCAGCCACGAAUUCGCCGCUCGAUGAUUGUUUUGUAUUUUUUUGUGUCUAUCUAUGCCUUGACACGAAUGAUUUGUAGUGCCAAGAUUUGUUUUUGUGUGUGUGUGUCGUGUAAUAUUUGUCUGGAUUUUUGAAAUAAGCGGAAAAAAGGUAGGUUGAAAAAAUGUGCAGAAGUCCCAAGCAAUCUAACCCUUGAUUUCACUUUCAAACAUCCUCAUUUCCUGUUUCCCGACCCCCACCUCCCAUCAUUGUGAGGUGAUGAACGGUUCCUGCACGGCAACCCCUUCUGAUUUCUGCACUGAUGUGAAGCAGCAGGGCAUCCCAGAUUUCCACUAUGUCACCACUCUUUUGUUCCAGAAUAGAAUAAAAUAGUGCAUUCUCUUUUGUUUCUUAAUAACCUGGUGCUGAACGACCUCAUUCAGUGGUGCUAACACUGUGGAGUCCACUUUUCGGGCUUUCCAAAGAGCAUUAAAAAAAAACAAACAAACCUCCAGUGUCAACACAAUGCUCGAAAGCAAGCACCUCAAACCUACAGAAACCUACAGCAAAACUUCCCAAUGGUGCCAUUUAUUUUCAUUUACCACUCAAUGCACAAACAAGUACAGUACAGCUAUACAGUCUUCACGUUGUCUUCUUAUUUAUUCUCAGCAUACAGGUGCUUUUUCUUUCAUUUCUUAUCCGUUUGUUGUGUUUAUUCUGGGGAAAUGAAACGCUACAUCAUUUUUGGCCCGGAAGCACAAACUACAGAAAGAAAUUGACUUAAAAAAAAAGCAAACAAAAAAACAAUAUAUAAUCUAGAACGUGAUUGCUGUGUUGUAAAGUCAUCUAUAUGUCCUGUGUGUAUCUAUUUUUUUAUUUAUUAUUGUACAAUUGGCUGUAAGAUUUUAUUGGAACAUGGAUUUAAUAUUGCAGUGACUAUGGGUGUCACAUGAAUUGCUGCUAAUUUCAAAAUUACGAUUAAAAGAAGUGUUGCUUUGUUGAUAUUCACUCAAUUUCUAGAUUGUGUUAGCUUGUGGGUGUAUAUUUAAAUAAUCCCUCCCUGGGCUAUAUAUGAUUUCUAUCAAUGGAGUAUUGCAACAAUUGGCAGUGUGUGAAUUUCCUACUACAGAGGAUCAUUGUGAUGGUGAAAUAUAAAAUGUAAGUACAAUUUUCAUGGAAUGGAAUUCCCUUUCUUUAAAAAAAAAAAACAAAACAAGCAAGCUGAUGUCCAGUAUUGUACCUUUGCCCUGUUUUAGGGAACAAUAUGAAUAUUAUUAUAAAUAACAUAUGGUGCUAAAGUUCUUUUUGUAUGUUUUGGUUUUUAGAUGAAAUGAGAACUAUUAUGCUGAAAAUAUAAUGUUAAGCCUUACUGUAGAUUCAUAUAUGAGACUGUUCAUCCCAGAAGAGAAAAAUAAAUAUAGUAUUUGA